GCAGCAACAGCCUCGACCUUCGCGAUCACUGCCAACGACGCCGCCACACGCAUCACGACCCAACGACUUCGCACUCGUGCUUCAUCAGACAUACAGCCAAGAAAUCAGGCCUCCGCCACAAACCGCAAACAUGAAGCCUGUCGUCAGUGCCAUGCAAGCAUGGCAAUGCACUGUCAUCUCCGUUUUCGCGAUCGUUAUCCUCGGUGUUCUCGGCAUCCUAUUCAAGCAAAACCACCCCGAGCUCGUCGGUAGCGAGGAAGACCCCAAGGACGGCGGCGCUGUUGCGGGCACCAUCUUCGUGUCUGUGAUGAUCUACGUCGUACGUCACGCACCCUCCUCCUACACACAUCGGCAACAAAUGCACGCGCUUGUGAGGAACCAAGUUACUAACCGCCAACACUAGGGUUUCUUCGUUUUCUGCGGCUUCCAGGGCCUUCUCCACGUCCGAGAGAAUAGACGAGGUGCGAUCGCAUUGUAAUGUUACGGAGAAGGGGGUUAUUGGAAUGUGCAGAGCAUGGCAUCAAAAACACAUUAUGGUUUUCCUGGCGUUUGGCAUCACGUUGUUGAAUUUUUGUACGGCACAGCUCAGGCACCCGCCUCUGCCUGCGGUGGGUUCCCCAGCCGGAUGAGAGGAGGAGGGCCAGCUCUGUUGAGAGCGUUGUUCCUGGACUUGAGCCUGUCGUUAUUAGCAUGUCGCUAUGAAAGAGCAGGAUGGAGCAUGGGUUUCGAUGUACGAAAGAUAUUCUUUUUAGAGGCCCGCGCGGAGUUUCGUAUAUAAUGAGC